GACGUCUCAUCAUUUAGUUUUUUUUUUUUUUCUCUCUUUCACACUUUCUCACUUCAAAUUUCUUCUUCGUUUUGAUAUUCAUUCAAAGCCUGCAUCUCUGAAUUUUUUUUAAAAGCCAAUCUUUGGAUCCCUGCAGUUUUUUCAAUGAACCCUAGUAAAAAAGAGAAGCAGCUAGAGCAAAGAGUUUAUGAAUUGUUAGUGAUUGAUUGAUUGAUAGUAUAUAUUUAUAUAGAAAAGAAAACGACGAUUUGAUGGAAAAUUAGUGACAGUCAGUUAUCAUCAAAAGUGCGAAGCCCUAUAGUAGUUUUUUUUUAAGUCAAUGGAUUCUGCAACGGACCCGAAUACGAUCAAGGAGGAUCCAGUAUCAGUUACGGUUUCAGCACCACCGUCCAAGGGUAUCCAGCAAGGAGUUGGUGAGUCGCCGUCGUCUUCUACUUCCCCAGCAGCACCGAGUCGGUACGAGUCACAAAAGCGUCGAGACUGGAACACGUUCUUGCAGUACUUGAAGAACCAUAAGCCGCCAUUGACUCUGGCUCGUUGCAGCGGAGCACACGUGAUCGAGUUCUUGAAGUACCUCGAUCAGUUCGGGAAAACCAAGGUUCACAUGACGGGUUGUCCUUAUUUCGGACACCCGAACCCGCCUGGUCCUUGCUCUUGUCCACUCAAGCAAGCGUGGGGUAGCCUCGACGCGCUGAUCGGACGGCUGAGAGCUGCUUACGAAGAGAGCGGCGGACGACCGGAAUCAAACCCGUUUGCGGCAAGGGCUGUGAGGAUUUAUUUGAGGGAAGUGAGGGAAGGACAGGCUAGAGCUAGAGGGAUACCUUAUGAGAAAAAGAAGCGAAAAAGGACUUCUGUUACAACUAGCGCUGUAGGGAUCAAUGUGUCGGCGGUGGCUGCCACUCAAGCGGUUGAUUAUGGUGGGGUUAGCGGAGGAACUGCGGGUAAUCUUGGUACUGCUACUACCACUACUAGCUUAUAGAUUCUUCAAUGAUUAUUAUAUAUAUAUAUAUAUAUAUAUUGCUUUCAAUAUUUGAUAUAAAUGUGAUAUGUGGCGGUUCUUUCUUAAAACUGGAUCCAUAUCCCCAUGAACCAAAUUUAGAUGGAAAUAUAAUUUUAAUCUUUCUAA